AUCCCGUGCUCUUUUGGGGACCCUUCAAAGGUUGGAACUUCAUUGUUCCUCAAAGGUGGACCAAGUUAAAAAGAAUGCUAAUUAACGCUUUGUGAUGUCACAUUUGCUCAUCAAAAUAUCUCAUUUAACCAACAUUAAUCAUUUGAGACAGCUCCAUGCACACCUCAUUCAAAAUUCCCUCCACCACCACAACUACUGGGUGUCCCUUCUCAUCAUCCACUGCACGCGCCUCCACGCUCCACCACCCUACACACGUCACAUUUUCAACUCUACUCCACACCCAACUAUCCAUGUCUUCGCUUCCAUGCUCAAAUACUAUUCUUUGUUGGGUGGGCAAAAUGAAAUUCUAUCUUUCUUUAAACACAUGCAGUGUUUGGGCUACGUAAAACCUGAUGCAUCUAUAUACCCACUUGUCAUCAAAUCUGCUAGUAAAGGUGGCAUUUUGUUCCAUGCCCAUGUUGUGAAAUUGGGUCAUGAAAGUGAUCCUUAUAUUCGUAAUGUUAUCUUGCAUAUGUACGCGAAACAUGGUCCAAUUGAGGUUGCUAGGAAACUGUUUGAUGAAAUGACUGAGAGGAGCCUCGUGGAUUGGAAUUCCAUGAUCUCUGGAUAUUGGAAGUGUGAAAAUGAAACUGAAGCUUCUAGUCUGUUUAAUAGGAUGCCUGAGAGGAAUGUUGUAACUUGGACUGCAAUGGUUACUGGGUUUGCAAAGAUAAAGGAUUUGGAGAAUGCAAGGAAGUACUUUGAUGAUAUGCCAGUGAAAAGUGUUGUUUCAUGGAAUGCAAUGCUUUCUGGCUAUGCACAAAAUGGGUUUGCAAAAGAGGCUUUAAAGUUGUUUGAUGAUAUGAUGAGUGCUGGAGUUCAGCCUAACGAAACUACAUGGACUAGUGUCAUUUCUUCAUGUUCAUCGUGUGCUGAUCCUUGCCGUGCAGAGUCAUUUGUGAAAAUGAUUGAGAAAAACAGGUUCAAGGUGAAUUGUUUUGUCAAGACAGCUUUGCUUGAUAUGAAUGCAAAGUUGGGGAAUCUCGAGGCUGCCAGAAACAUUUUUAAUGAGCUGCGGGUUUAUAGGAAUUCUGUUACAUGGAAUGCCAUGAUUUCUGCAUAUGCAAGGGCUGGUGAUUUGGAUUCGGCUAGGGAUCUCUUUGAUAAGAUGCCAAAACGAGAUUCUGUUUCAUGGAACGCAAUGAUUGCUGGUUAUGCUCAAAAUGGGCAGUCAGCAAUGACAAUUGAACUUUUCAAAGAAAUUGUUGGUGAUAAAAACUCCCAACCAGAUGAAGUGACUGUGGUGAGUGUUAUCUCAGCAUGCGGACAUCUUGGGGCUUUGGAAUUGGGUAAUUGGGUAGUUAAUUUAAUUAAUGAAUACGAGAUUAAGUUGACGAUUUCAGGAUAUAAUUCUUUGAUUUUUAUGUAUUCAAAAUGUGGAAACAUGAAGGAGGCCGAAAGAAUCUUUCAAGAAAUGAAAACAAGAGACGUGGUUUCCUACAAUACCUUGAUUGCUGGGUUUGCUGCUCAUGGCCAGGGAAGUGAAGCCAUAAAACUAUUGUUAACCAUGAAAGAAGAAGGUAUUGAUCCAGAUCGUGUAACAUAUAUUGGUGUCCUGACAGCAUGCAGCCAUACGGGAUUAGUGGAAGAAGGCCGUAAGGUCUUUGAAUCAAUCAAAAGUCCAGGUGUAGAUCACUAUGCAUGCAUGGUUGAUUUGUUAGGCCGAGUUGGAAACCUAGAUGAAGCAAAAAGAUUAAUAGAUAACAUGCCAAUGGAACCACAUGCUGGAGUCUAUGGUUCUCUUUUAAAUUCUAGUCGGAUUCACAAAAGAGUUGAACUUGGGGAACUUGCUGCAAAAAUGCUCUUUCAGCUUGAACCACAAAAUUCAGGAAAUUAUGUUUUACUCUCUAACAUAUACGCUUUAGCAGGGAGGUGGGAAGAUGUCAACUGGGUAAGAGAAAUGAUGAGAAAAGGAGAAGUGAAGAAGACAGCUGGAUGGAGUUGGGUGGAAUACAAAGGGAAAGUGCACAAGUUCAUAGUUGGGGACAGAUCACAUGAACAAUCAGAUGAUAUUUAUAGACUAUUGGCAGAAUUGGUAAGCAAGAUGCGAAGGCAUGGGUAUACAGCUGACAAGAGCUGUGUGCUAAGAGAUGUUGAAGAUGAAGAGAAGGAAUAUAUGGUGGAAACUCAUAGUGAAAAGCUGGCCAUUUGCUUUGCCCUUCUUGUCAGCGAAUCAAGGGAAGUGAUUAGGGUGGUGAAGAACCUAAGGGUGUGUUUGGAUUGCCAUAAUGCUAUAAAGAUGAUCUCCAAGUUGGAGGGGAGGGAGAUAGUUGUGAGAGAUAACAAUAGGUUUCAUCAUUUCAUUGAUGGGCUAUGCUCUUGCAAGGAUCAUUGGUAGUGCAUAAGAAGAAAAUACAGUAUUACCAUGCUAAUGGAUGGACAUAGCUGAUUUGAUUGUACAAUGAAUAUAACAGUGUGGAGAUUACCAGUGAAGUGAGGUGAUGGUUGUUGGUGAGGGAAUAUUGAAAAAAGAUGCUGGAAGGUUAAAGUAGUGUUGUUGCUGUUCUUGUUGAUGAGUGUAUCAUACUGGUAUUUACAUUGCAUACAAUGUCUUCUGGCUCCUUCAAAUAUAGUUGGCAGAUAAUUUAUCGCCUGAGACAGCUUCUUCACUUAAGUUAUCAGUCAGUGAAAUGGAAACCAGCUUAUUUCUUUGAUUUUGAACACCAAGUUUGUAAGUUAAUUGUAGCAAUUGUUUCAUGGGUAUUGGAAUGAGGGAAUAUAAUUUUUUUCAUUCAGGGCAUGAAGGGCUUUGUAUAUUUUGUUAAUGGAAUAAUAUUUUCAAAGCUAGCUUUUCUUAUAGGAGUUGGCAUCCAAUGGCCAAUUUAAUUCUAAAAUGCAUAUCCAGAAGGCAUUUAGCAGAAGACACAAGUACAUCAUGUUGAAGUUGACACUUGUAUUUGAAAAAGAAGGAUACCACAACAAAGCAUAAGGUGGCAAGAAAAUCUGUGAACACAAUAGCAGGACAGGAUAUUAUCUGGUGAUUCUGAACUUAUUAGCUGAAAUUGCUGUAAGCACUCUUUAGCCACAACUAUCCCUCUGAGAAACAGUGGCAACAUUUUUAUGUUUUUUCUUGACGUUUAUCAAAAUUUCACUGCAUUUCAAUUCAAUUGAAUAGGGACCUUUAUCAAAUGUGUGUAAUAUGCAUUUGUUGCAAUCUAGAGAGGACUUGCAAACUAUGUGUUAAUGUAUUCUUAGUGAGGUGUA